AUGGCGGCGCCCUGUGAAGACGACGACGUGGUUGAUAACAACAUUAUAGACUAUUUCAACAGGGAAUUUGGCGAUGACCUCAAAUCGCUACGGAAAGUAGAAGAAAUUUACAAUGAACUCAGUGCGCUCAAGGAGGAUUUAGAACAAAAGCUGUCACUUGCCAGCACUGAGGUUCCUAAUGAAAUCAAGAAAGCAAUAAACAAUGCUGAGUCUGUUCAGGAACGUGUACAAUCCUUCUGUACUGAAGAGGAAUGUCUAAAAGAAGAGAUUGCAAAACAUACAGAAGCUAUGAAGCCUCUCAUUGAAGAGCUUUCACAAAUUACUAACCAGGUGGAUGAACUUAGUCGAUAUACAAGAUACUUUGGAUUGAUAGCCAAAAUAGAUGAACUCAGCUCCUCCAUCCAAACUGCAUUAAUUACAGAGACUAUGUGGGAAGCAGUAGAAGCAUUUCAAGACAUGACAAAUCUAUACACAGACCUUGAGAUUUCCAGUUGCCAGAAUCUUUUGAAAUUUCACAAAAAUACAAUCCUUUUCUGGUACAAGAUUCUCAAAACAAAAAUUGCCAAUGACUUUGAAGAUGUGUUAAAAGCCAUCAAGUGGCCCUUUGUCACAGUAACCCUCUCCAAGACCCCAACUAUCAAUCAAGCUGAAAAACGAAAUGAAAUGGCCUCACUUUUCAAGAAACUACUCCGAUUAAAUUUACCAUCCUCUUUGCAACGAACACGUGUUUUAGGGAAUCCCACUUUGGGUCGUCUUCAUAUUGCACCUCAGGUGUUGCCACUUCAGCUGAUGCUGAAACCCUUGAAGAAACGGUUCAAGUACCAUUUCUAUGGAAACAGACAGACAAAUAGUCUAGAAAAGCCUGAAUGGUACUUUACCCAAGUAUUAACAUGGAUACGAGAUCAUUGUGACUUUUUAGAGAAAAGUAUCCAACCUUUGUUGGAAGAAGAAACAAAUGGAAGAGUUGUAUUAGAUGCCAGGGUGGAGUUAAUGCGAGGCUUGGUUGAAUUGGUCCUGGAGAAGAUGACCGCUGAUCUCCCUGAGAUAAUGUACGAUGAACACUUGUUCACACAUUUGAUUGAUGAAGCUCUGCUGUUUGAUCGAGAAUUGCGGCAGAAUUAUAGUUACCCUCCAAACCAACCAGGAGCAUUGCACAUACUGUCUCAAGAGGAGGUCUUCGACAAAUGGCUGGUUGUGGAAAAAAAAUAUGCAAUGGAAAAAGUGGAUGCAAUGAUGUCUUCAACAACUGCUUGGCGAUCACAGUAUCGUGAUAUUGCUGAUGUUGAUGAGCUCAAAGUCCCAGAAUGUGGAGAAAGUUUCAUGACUCUGAUGCUUACAAUUACAGAUCGUUACAAGCACUUACCACAGCCACAGCAUAAGCUGCGCUUCCUUGCUCUUCAACAAGAACUUUUGGAAGAUUUUCGAACACGUUUAGUGCAAGUGAUGAAGCAAGAAGCCCAGAACGUGCUUGGACAACACUAUUGUUCCAUACUCAACACUGCCUAUUAUAUUGUAGAGAUACUGCGAGAGUGGAGUGAGUUGGUGUUUUUCCUCCAGUUACAAUUUUUCAAGAGUGAGUAUGACCGAGAAGAUGAAAUGAAUCAAAGAUUAGAUGACCCUCCAACAAUGGCCUCCAGUGUCCAGUCUCUCACAGAUUAUAGUGUUGCUAUGGAUGGCUCAGUUAUUGACAUUAACCAGGUUUUGGAUGCAAUGAUGGAAUCGCGGUUAUUACUGUCUUUGGAAGAAACAGUAUUUGAUUGUAUGAUUGAUUUAUUUGACCGUCUCAAGAAUGAUAUGCUGAAGACAAUCAUUAAUUAUGUAUUCACUGAUGUGAAAGCCAGAAGUCAGCCCUAUCGAAAAGACCGAUGGAUCACAUUACCAUCACAACAGGAUAUCCAAGGUGGAGUUCAGGGCUUAUCCCCAACAGCUUGUGAAAUGUUUUUGGUUUUAAAAAGUCAUCUCCAACAUGUUCAGGGUCUUGUCAGCAAGCCACUCUUUACCCAUUUUUGGCAGAGACUUGCUGACAAACUCAACAGGUUUAUUUUGGAUGAGGUGGUUUUGUCCAAUUACUUUAGCGAUGGUGGGGCUGCACAACUUCAGUUUGAUUUGACUAGAAAUCUUUUCCCAUUAUUUGGAGACUAUACCCAGAAACCAGAUGCCUACUUCAGACACAUAAAGGAAGCUUGUAUCCUGUUGAAUUUAAAGGUUGGAUCUGCCAUUUUACUUAAACAAGUUUUGGAAGUUGCAAUAGAUCAUGGAACAGCAAAUGGGGAUCCAAAUGCCACUGUCACUGACCCCAAGGCAGCAUUAUAUGAAAUUGGUGUAUUCAAACUGACCCCUGACAAAUCUUUACAAAUCAUUAGCCUUCGAACAAACUUGUCUUUGGGCUAA